AUGGGAGAAAUUGUCAACAACUUUGAAGGCUUCUCCAGAGAGCAACAGGCAACUUACCAGCAACAGUUAAUUGGACCAGAGAAGGGCACUGUCCACUUGGCUAUAGCUGCUGUCCUGAAAGCUCUGUGGGCCAAACAAGAGGAAAAGAAAUACUCCAAAAUGGUCUGCUUGGGAAAAGAGAAAGGUGUGAGCUUAAAUACAUCUGUACCUGAUGAAAACAGUUACUUCGCAUCUCUUAGAGAGUGGGAAGGGGACUGUAAAGUGUUAAAGAAUGGAUAUCUGGCUUAUUCAGGAUCCUAUUCCUGGCUGGGCAACUCAGACCAGCAGUUAAAACAGCAUGCAUAUACGUUCAAAGUAAAAGUGAGUGAUUAUCUACAGGAUGAUAUUUACAGAUUGAGAUCUAUACAAGAAAUGCUUGGAGUAUUGGAUGAGGCUGAAAUGCUGAAUGCAAAGCAGAAAUGGGAAAUAAAGGAAGCAAUACAGUGGGUCACUGAACCAGCUGAGUUUAAACCCUCAUGUAUUAAGGAGCCAACUUUUCCAGAUGAGGAUAUACAUAUCCAGAUGGGACAUGCAACUAUUUCAAAGCUUGAGGUGCUACGAAUUGGUGCAGCAACCAGAGAACACUGCCACAACAGAGUGAUAUUUAAACAUCUUCUACAAGCCAGGGCCUUGAGUUGUCUCCAAAUUGACAGAUGCAGGCUGGGAAGUGUGAAUGAAAGCUUGUCUGUGCUGCUGAUGGCCAAAAAGUUCCAGAGAAAGGCUCUGCAAAAUUCUGGAUUUGGGGGCCUCUGUCUAUUAGUCCAGCACUUGAUCAUGUUUGAUCAUAUCCAAGUAUCUGAAAGGCUUGAAAACAGGUAUUCCUGUCCUGGAUAA